UUUCGUCCUCCUACCAGAGCGUGUCCAUAGGUGUAAGCGGACUGGACGGUUCUCAGUGCAGCCUCUUGUGGGGCCUGGGAAUGAUCCAUUCCACACUCACUGUGCACCUACUGUGUUCCAGGCCCCAGCAUGGGAGCUAGAACUGCACACCUCUCAUACCUAAUCCCAGCCUUCCCUGGGGCUGAGCCUGCUACCUGGCACGCAGCACAUCCUCCCUCUGGCUUUUCCCAUCAGCUCAAGCCACAGUCAUCCUUUGCUUCCACGCGACUUGUUUUUUAGCUGAGAUCUAAUUCAUGUCUCAUUACAUUCACCCUUGCAAAUCAGACAAUGCAGACGUUUUACUGUGUUUACAACGGUGUGCAGUCAUCGCCACAUUUCUAGAGUAUUUUCCACUACCCUCCAAAAAGCCUGUACAUGCUGAUCACCCCCACCCCACAGAACUUGGCAAUCAGUACUCUAGUGUGGACCUGCCUACUUGGGACUUCCUGUGGAAUGAAAUUACACAGCACCGUGGUCUUUUGUGACUGACUGCACCCACCAUGCUGUCUUCAAGGCCCAUGCAUGUUGUCACACAUGUCAGUACUUUAUUCCUUUCGUGUUGUCACCGCCUGCUGUGUAGUUAAACCAGCUUGUGUUGGCCCACUGGUCCCAGUGCCACGCUGGGCUGCUUGGCAUCCUCAUGUGGAUGCUUAGGGAACUGCUGGGUCACACGCUAACUCCAGGUCUACUCGCCUUUUUUUCUUUCUUUUUUGGACAGAGUUAGUGAGAGAGAGAGACAGAGAGAAAGGUCUUCCUGCCUUCCGUUGGUUCACCCCCCAAAUGGCCGCCAUGGCCAGAGCUACACCGAUCUGAAGCCAGGAGCCAGAUGCUUCUUCCUGGUCUCCUAUGCGGGUGCAGGGGCCCAAGCACUCGGGCCAUCCUCCACUGCCUUCCCGGGCUACAGCAGAGAGCUGGACUGGAAGAAGAGCAACCAGGACUAGAACCCUGCGCCCAUAUGGGAUGCCGGCACCGCAGGCAGAAGAUUAAGAGUGGGCCACAGUGCCGGCCCCGGUCCACUCGCUUUCUACACAGUGGCUGCACCACCUUACAUGCCCUUCCCAGGGACUCAGGCCUGGCAUUCAAUCUCCUGUUUCCACAUUCUUUCAGCCAAAAGAUUAAUGUUCCUGAGGGCAAAAGCAGCACCAUCUAUGUUUUCCUUCUCCCUACAGCCUGACACUGGCCAGGGCUUUACAGAAUAAAGACCAGAUCACUGCCACAGGGAGAUGGGAAAUCAUCAACACUAGACACCUGCUGGCUUCAGGAGCUCAGGGGCACCAACCUCCAUCAACUUGGGGCACCGUUUACUGUUUUGCGUGGAAAUGUGAAAGGCUCUGCCUCACAGGGCUUCGGCAGGGCCCCAGGGAUCCAGGGUGCAGAGGAAGGUCGCUGGUGUGCCAAGCGCCCCUCCCCACUGCAAGACAGUGACGGAGCUGUGUGGGGUCCUGCUCGGCCCCCAUCUCUGCACCCACAGCAGGAGACCAGCAUGUGUGAGGAAGGUAGGGGCAGUACCUAGACUUCUCCCCUCCCACUCAGACCCUGUCCUCACUUGCCUCACCAUAAACACGCAUAAAUGCUUUUCCACACGGCUCCCUCAGGGCAGAAGUCACAGUCCUGACACAGCCCCGGGGAACUGCGCACACCCCUGCCCAUCUUCUCUCCUGCCAUCACCAGCCCUUGCUGUUUGCCGGGCCCCCACUGCCCCCUCAGGACGGUUAUGCACACCACUCCUCCUCAGUCUCAGGUCCUCCCUGACAGCUUCCCAGGGUGGGAGAGCAGACCCCAACGCUCCCACAUCACGUAUGUGCCCUAUCCCAGAGCCUGAGCACUUGCAAGUCUCUGUUGGCGGGAUGAAUGAGGUUGUUUAGUGGAGACCCCACCUCUGGCCUGCCUUCUUUAAACCAGUUAGGGGAUUUCUGGAUUUCUUCUCCCUCUGCCUCCCAGACUCAUGCCACGAGCCAGGUCAGGGGCCUGCAGGUGGCAGGUGACAGCCUGGAUUCCAAUCCCUAGCCAGCCCCCUGUGCUGUGCUCCUGGGAGAGGUGCGACUCGAGACUCCUUUUCUUUUCUCUUCAAGAUUUAUUUAUUUAUUUGAAAGAGUUGCAGAGAGAGGAGAGACAAAGAAAGAGAGAGAGGUCUUCCAUCCACUGGUUCACUCCCCAGUUGGCCACAACGGCUGGAGCUGCGCCGAUCCGAAGCCAGGAGCUUCUUCUGGGCUCCCACGUGGGUGCAGGCCCAAGGACUUGGGCCAUCUUCCACUGCCUUCCCAGGCCAUAGCAGAGAGCCAGAUUGGAAGUAGAGCAGCCGGGAUUCAAACCGGCACCCACAUGGGAUGCCAGCACUGCAGGCAGCAGCUUAGCCCGCUACGCCACAGCACCGGCCCCGUGGGACUCCUUUUCCUCCCCUCUGAAGACUACUCAAGCGUCCUAUCUGGUUGUGAGGAGGCAGCUGGCUGACUGAGACUGGGGAUACACAAAGUAAAAUACUCGUUUUUGUCAGCCCGGGGGAGCUCAGCUUCCACAGAGGCAGCUCCCCGAAGAACUGCUUCCACCCAGGUCGCCUCGAUUUUGGAGGCUGUCAGGAGUGGGGGGGGGGGGUCCCUCAGACAAAGGGGAUCAGAGGUGGAGACGAGGACCAAGGGCCAGCCAGGGUCCUCCUGCUCAGAGAAAGGGGCAUGUGCUGGGCCUGUAAGCCUGGGCAAGCAGUGUCUCUGGCCUCCUCCAAGGCAGGAACUGCCAGCAAGUUUGGCACCUGUUUCCCUACUUCUCCCCUCUCAGGUCUGGGCUGGCCAUGCCUCAGAGGGCAGUGCCUGCUCCAACCUCUGCUCUGCUCCCAUCCCGUGUGGCCACUCCAGGCCAACAGCAGCACCUUCCUGAGUCUGCCAGCUCGGCCAGGGUCACACCAGCCAUGGACCCAGGCUUAGCUCUGAGAUGUGUGGAAGCAUUUUUGAACUGCAGUAAUGGCACAGGCCUGCGAGACCCAAGUCACCCACCUGCACCCUCAAGGAGGGGAACCUGGGACCUUCUGGGCAAGCGAUUCAGGCAUUUGUCCCCCUGCUGCCUGGUGAGGGAAGGCCCCUGGUCCCCAUCCCACCCCUUUGCCCUCUGCACAGGAGGUGUCCUUGCUGAGCUGGGGGUGGUGGUGUAAUUUUACCUUUCGAGGAUGCUAAGAAACCACAUUCCAGACGCCGGCGGAGAGCCAGAAAUUGGAUCCUCCAUGCCCGUCCAGCCUGGCCAGCCCUCAUGCCUGAGACGGGACCACGCAAUGACACAGCACUGGGCCCCAGGGACAGGAGGCAUGGAGCAGGUGGUCCUCAUUCAGCCAGCUCUGCAGCUGUGCCUCCAUUUCCUUACCACCCGGGAACUCACUACAGACCACGGGUCCCCCCUGGCGGUUCCCAGGCCGCUGCCCAGUGUCACCAGGGGGCAGGCCGGCCACUGGCAGGCAGCUGUCAGUGCUGAGAGCCCUGGCUCAGGCUGCUGCUUGCUUGUUCACACCCAGCAGCUCCUGGUGUUAACACUCAGGACUGCCAGAAAUACCCACAAGGGGCCUCCGGCAGCCACAGGGAGGCAAUGCUGACGUGAGCCGGGAGGGAAGUCACUCCUGUGAGCGCAUGCCGAGGCUACUCACUCUAGGGUGCAUAAGGGUACAGCGGCCCCUCUUGCGCAGGGCCCAGCUGAGGGAAGCGAGGUAUCUGGGAAGGGGCCUGGGGGCCACAGUGGGGACCAGGGAAGGGGAGGGAAGGUGGCCACCUCGACGCUUCCCUGGGUCAGGAGGAAAGUGCACCAGGGGGUUUGUCUGCCUCUAACAGGGCUGGAGAGAGGCGGCUGCUGGGACGACAGCAGCUGUGAUGGGGUGAGGGCAGCCACGCUCAGUCUAGACUAACAGGGCGCCAGGCAGAGGCGGCUGCUGGGACGACAGUGGCUGUGAGGGGGUGAGGGGCAGCCACGCUGGGCCUGGAGCGCCUGCAGGAGCUGUCAGGUGUGGGCAGGGAUGGACUUCACACUCCAGAACGACUGAACCAGGUGUGGCUGGUGCCGAGGCGGUACGGCCUCCUCCCAGGCAGGUCCCUCAGGAGCCUCCCGCUCUCACGCCACAGAAAAGUUGCUAAAUAUAAAAAAUAGGCAGUUGCAUUUUUGAAGUCACAGAGGAAUGCUGGAAAACAUUUGCUCAGAUGUGAGGUGGGGUCGGCAGAGAGCAAUCAGAAUGGAAAGACUGCCACUUCUGUCUGCUUUACAGCCUGAGAAUGUGGGAUCUUGAAUUCAAACACAGCAGCACGCGUUUCUAAUAGGAGAGUCCACAGAGAGGCAGGCGUGACCUUCUUUGGGUCCUGGGCCAGACCCAAAGUUAGAAACAGGACAGUGGAGGCUCUGGCUGAAGGACCAUCGUAGCAUUCCCACACCCUGAGCUGCAUGGCGUCUAGUGCUAAGUCUGGACCUCUCCCUUCCUCACCCACAGGAAGGAGGCUGGGGCCUGAGGGGAGGGGCAGCCUCCACAGAGGAGCCUCCCUGCCCCGGUCUGACGCCCCGCCGCUGGCCACCCACGCUUACGGCCCAGAGCCACAGGUCACCUGUUCUACCAAGCUCUCUGGCUGCUUCCUGGGUGGGGUGCGGGAAUCCCAGCAUGUCUACAGCUGACAAUGCAUGUUUGGUCACAGAGACUGUUAAAGAGGUCGAGGUGCCCCGGGCCGCCCUGGAUGUCCCAGGCCAUGAGAUGGGAGACAGCUGCCACACACCUGUGACCGAGGAGGAGGGCGGCAUCCCAAUACCAGCACCAGGGCUCCUGCAGGUCACAGAGAGGAGGCAGCCCCUGAGCAGCGUCUCUUCUCUGGAGGUCCACUUUGACCUCCUGGACCUCACCGAACUGACCGACAUGUCCGACCAGGAGCUGGCUGAGGUUUUUGCUGACUCGGAUGACGAGAACCUGACCAAUGACUCCCCAGCAGGUCUGCACCCGCUACCCCGUGCCGGCUGCCUGCGCUCCCCCUCUUGGACGAGGGCAAGGGCAGAGCAAAACCGCGAGAAGCAGCCCCUUGGCGACCCGGAGCGGCAGACGGCAAUCGUGGACACGUUUCUCACCAUAGAGAGACCGAAGGAGGACUAAGCUUUCCCCAGGUGUCCCAGAGCUGCUACAAGGCUGGGGCCAGACCACCACUGCAAUGGUAAACCCCAACAGUUGUGGACACACUGCUCUCCCCAUGAGGCUCCAGCCAUCACCUGACAGCAGGUCAGGGCCAAGGGUGCCACCACAGGAGGCCCGCCGGGUCUGCAGGGCACAGCCUUGGCCCAUUCCCCUGGGGACACGGUGGGCCCCAGCACAAGCACAGCCUGAGGGCCUUGCAUCACGCUUGUUCCUGAGCCCUGGAACGGGGACGGAAAUGCUGUGGAGUCACUGCCAAGGAACCCAACAAGUGGACAACGGUGGCCUAGGCCUUCCAGAAACUUCCAUGUGUAGGAUCACUGCUCCUAUCAGAAGAUUCGUGUGUGGGCUCAAGAUGAGGGGGACCUGAGCCUAUGGGAGCUGCUCCAAGAAAUCCCUGGCGGGUCUCCACUCAGAGCUUCCCCGAGGUGGCAGUGGCUACCAGAACGCUUUGCUGUCUGGCAUGUGCAUAAGGGGUCAGUCCCCAAAUUUCCACCUCAAUUUCAACUCUGCCUCCUUCCUCUGCCCAUGGGAGAUACUAUUGGCACCAGGGUCUCCUCCCCAGGCCCCUUCUAAGACCUGCACUCACUUCUCUUGGUUGGCCCGUUUCUUCUCCAGCUCAGAACACCGAAAGUUGCCAGACAGCCUCAGAACCUCAGUAACUCCUCCCUCUCCUGCAUCCCACACAAGGGUGCAUACUUGGGUCAGUUCUCCACAUCCCCACUGCCCAGGCUGUGCCCACCCAAGGCCGUCAGACACAUUUGGCAGGCCUCGUCUGGGAGGGUCUCUACCCUAGGAGCAGCCCAGGAAGGAACAGGGGAGGCAGGGCUGCGAUGGGAACUUCAGGGGCACCCAGGCCAGUGGAUCCAGACAGCAAAGUCAGAGUGGCUUCAAACUAAAAGUUCAAGCUUGCUUCCCAAGCCAACCUGCCCUGCCCUGUUCCCCCACUAAAAUACUCUGGCUAGGACACAGGGUCCUCCCCUUCAUCUUCACUGGACUCCUGGGGAGAGAUGCCCUAGGCAUGCAUGGGGCUCCUGCUGCGUGCAGAGCACUUUGGGACUCUCCUACUUCUGAGGCACCCCCUCUGCCUCUGCACUCUUGUCCCCGGAAGGCACAAUCAAGUCUCCUAAGAUGAAAAAUGCCCCUGGUUUCCAACCCACACGGCGAAACAUCCCUGCCUACCCCUACCUAGCAGGCUCCCUCUCCUGUGCCAUCCCUCCUGCUCUUGCUCCCAAACAGCUCAUUUACAGAGUGGGAUUAAAGCAUCAACCCCCUCA